CUGCUGCUGCUUUAUUCCCCUUUUUCUAUUCUCUUAAUUGUACACACUUAUACAGAUACCCACACCCUCAUAUACUUACAUUUUUGUUGUUUUUUUUAUUUUUAUUUAUGUGUUUUGGCUUAUGUUUUGUUGGGGGUGAAGGAAACUAGGAGGGAGGGAGAAGGUCGACAGCGGAGCCUACUCGACGUGUUUGAGGUGCAUUAGUCGUUGCAACGGUGGGCUUAGAGGUGGAGAAGGGUUUUCCGGCGAGGUGGGUGACAUGGGGUAGUGCGUGGGGAACUCCGCUUACGUGAAGGGAGAGGGUAAGGAAGGGAUGGAAGUGUUGUAAAGGGAAAUGGGGUAUUUGGGGAUGGCGUGUUAGGCACUGUUUUUUUCUGAAGAGUGGAGUCGGGGAGAUUUGGUUUACAAGGGCUAAGGCCUUGCAGUGUAUUUUUUUUUCUUUUAUGGAGGUCGGUCGUGGACAUGAUUGAAUUGUGAUAUGAGAUUGGAGGACCAUUCACCGCGAAAUUUUCUCAAGGGCUGUGCUAAGAGAAUUAUCCGGGAGCAAUCGAUGUCUCCACGGGUCUCUUGCCCAUAUCGCUCAGCCGGGGCCCCUCUGAAUCCCAACAUGUACAUUCUCGAGAAAUUUUAUCUCUACGAGACAAGAGCGAGGUAUUACCUAGUUGGAAGGGACAAAAGCAAGCAGAAUUGGCGAGUGCUGAAGAUCGAUAGAUCCGAACCCGCGGAGCUUAGCAUAUGCGAGGAUCCUGUGGUGUAUACACAAGUAGAGAGCUUGAGUUUGUUGGAAACAAUUGCCGAUGGCAACAAGUCCACUGGAGGCUUGACCUUGGUCACGAAAGCAUACGGCAUUGUAGGUUUUAUAAAUUUUCUAGAGUGCUAUUACAUGCUUUUGGUGACAAAGCGCCGGCAAGUUGGAAGUCUGUGUGGACAUGCUAUCUACACCGUUGGCGAGAGUCGGCUGAUCACAGUCCCGCAUCCGUCAGUCCAGACACCGGUUGCACUUUCAAAAACGGAAUUAAGAUACAAGAAGCUGCUCCAGGGGGUGGAUCUCAACAAAGACUUUUUCUUCAGUUAUACCUACCGCAUUAUGCAGAGUGUGCAGCGGAACGAGAUCUUGCGAGAUGACCCAUCUAUGCCGUAUGAAAAUAUGUUUGUUUGGAACGCUUUUCUCUCACGUGGAAUUCGCCAACAUCUUAAAAGCACACGUUGGACAGUUGCUUUGAUGCAUGGCUUCUUCGAGCAGGCCAAUUUCAGCAGCUUUGGACGCUUGUUCAGCGUCUUCCUUAUUUCAAGAAGGUCCCGGCAUUUUGCCGGCACAAGGUAUUUGAAACGUGGAGUCAAUGACAAAGGUCGAGUUGCAAAUGAUGUUGAGACCGAACAAAUAGUGGUAGAUGAGACAGGUUCCGGACCCGGAUAUGAGCGAAUUAGCUCUGCUGUGCAAGUUCGGGGAUCUAUACCCCUUUUCUGGUCACAGGAAGCUUCUCGUCUCAAUGCAAAGCCUGAUAUACACUUGCAAAGAUUUGAUCCGAUGUAUCAAGCAACCAAGCUUCAUUUUGAGGAUCUAGAGAAUAGAUAUGGGAAUCCGAUCACUAUUUUGAAUUUGAUUAAGACUGUGGAGAAGAGGCCUCGAGAAAUGAUGCUGCGUCGUGAGUUCGCCACUGCUGUAGGAUAUUUGAAUUCAAUUCUUCCUAAGGAGAGGCGUCUGAAUUUUAUACAUUGGGACUUCCACAAGUAUGCAAAAAGCAAGGCGGCAAAUGUGAUCGCAGUCUUGGGAAAGGUGGCUAAUGAUACUUUAGAUCUUACUGACAUGUAUUAUAGUGGAGUACCUUCACUAUCUAAGUCAGCUCAAUCCCAGCGUGCUGCAAAUGCCUCCACUGAAUCAGUACCUUUGGCGAAAUCACUAUCUGCAAUUUGUGGCAGGAAAAGAGAACAAAGGUUUCAAAGUGGGGUGUUAAGAACAAAUUGUAUCGAUUGUCUUGAUCGCACCAAUGUUGCCCAGUAUGCAUUUGGUCUUGCUGCAGUAGGCCGUCAGCUCCAUGCAGUUGGCUUAUCUGACAGCACUGCCGUGGAUAUGAAUGGAAAGGUAGCAGAAACCUUGAUGGUCAUGUACCACAAUAUGGGAGAUGUCCUGGCGCUCCAAUAUGGUGGAUCUCCCGCUCACAACACUGUCUUUCCAGAGAGGCAGGGUAAGUGGAUAGCUACAACUCAGUCAAGGGAAAUUCUCAAUUCAAUCAAACGCUACUACAGCAACACUUACACUGAUGGGGACAAACAGGAUGCAAUGAACUUGUUCCUUGGCCACUUCCGACCGCAGGAGGGAAAACCAGCUCUGUGGGAAUUGGACUCUGACUAUUAUCUGCAUGUGGCCGGUUGCGAGGAUGAGUUGUCAAAGGAUGAUAAGAUUCCUCUUCCGGUAACAGGUGUUAAGGGUACUCUGCAAGCACCCCGGAAAAUGGAAGGGGCAAUGCCUGUUGCAUGUCGGCAUCCGGAUGAUUACCACUGCAGCAAACUCACAUCCUUUGAUAAGCUUCUUCAGGUGAAUUGUGCUUCCCAACAAAGUAUUCAGCCCUGUGGAGAGUUGCAACAAGAGAACAAAGAGCAAUUUGCGGCACCUUGGUCUACACCUGACGCUGUGGAGGUAUUAUUAAAGAGUCCAAACUGGCUAUUUGGAUCAAAGAACCAAGAACAUCCUGCUCCAGCAAUCCCCAGUUCCAUACUUGGCUCAGCCCCAGACAAAUCUGAAGAUACAUUAGAACAAGAAUUGGAUGGACUGGAUUGGAUGUCAUUUCACAGCCCUUUUGCAGACGAGGAGCUAUAUGAUAGAUAUCUAUUCCAAGGUUCCUCAGAAGACGACACCUGGUAUGGAACGGGGAUCCUUCCAGGAACAGUUGAUAAUAGUGAAGCCAAUCGACAUUACACUCAACUCUGCAAGGGACCAAGUCUGGAGUCCCUGAUUUCUGAAACCAACUACGAUAGAGACUAUCACUCUGUCACAGGGCCUACAUACUUGUCCGAUGAGGAGGCUGUCGCAUUGUCUAUGGAAACUGCCCUUAAUCAGCUUAACAAUGUGGGCGUUGAAUACGGGAGUAUAACGCCAGAAGCCGCAAAAAGUUUUUAUAUUUUCAGCAGAGAGUCUUUGUAAAAUAGUGAAGCAUUGAAAUACUCUUCAUAGUUCAUUAUUGAGGAGUCGAGGGUUUGACAUCUCAUGUUACCCCACAUUGUACCAUGAACGGAUACGUUUUGAAUGACACAUUGAACUGUGUCCACUUACACCAUUUUGUUAGCAUUGGACAUCUUAGUACAUCAAGCUUUAUGCAUUGACCACAGCCAUUGGAGAAACAUAAAUUGUGUCUAGUAAUCUUUUCUUCU